AUGAACAAGAUAAAUUAAAUAUUAUUAAGACUAUUGAAGAUUAAAGUAUUCAAUAUGAUUAUUAUAAAUAGAAAAUAACAGAAAUUACAGAAAUUAAUAAAAGAUUAAAUUAAAAGGAAUCAGAAUUACAAACAAUCUAAAAACAAUUUGAUUAAAUUAAUCAAGAAAAGUUAUAAAAAGAAAAAUAAUUAAAAUUAGAUUUAGAGAAAGUAAAAUAUAAUUAUAAUACUUAAUUAAUAAUAGAUUUAACAAUAUCCAACAACAUUAUAAUUUAGUGUUACUUAUAAGGGUGUAAAUUGUUAAGUAACUGAAGGUGGAAAAGUUGUUGAGUGUCCUGGUAGUAGUACAUAUUAUUGUCUUUGUGAAUAAGCAAUUCCAAAUACUGGGAAAAUAUUGUUUGCAUUCUAAAUUCUCAGUUUAACACCAAAUAUGUUAAUUGGAAUUGGAUUUAGAGAUAUUAUAUAAAAAAAUAAUUAUUAAAAUGUAGGAGUUGGAUAUGGGUAUAGGUAUUAAAUCAUAAUAGAUCAUAUAUGAUACAUUAAAACGGUUAUACAUACUCACAUCAUAAUAAAGAUGUAAAUAAUAAAUAAUUAUCAUAUACAUAUACAACAAAUGAUAUAAUCAUAAUGGAAGUAAGUAUUGAACAUAAGUAUAUUAAAUGGACCUAAUAAAAUAAUCCAUUAACAACAGUUGUAACUAUCAAUCAAUUAUUAGUAGAUGGAAAUAGAUACAUCCAUAUCAUAAGAAUUAUAUCCAUGUUUAUUGAUUUAUUAAUCAUCAGAAGUUAAAAUAUUGGGUAAUAUUCCAAAUUGA